AUGGCCGACGAUCAGGAACUCGUCACCAAGCCCUUCAAGUUCGUCACUGCCGGUAUGUGCCCUCCGACCGACCCCACGAUACCCGCGAUGCGACCGCGCACCGAUGCCCGCUUCCCGAACAUGAACCAGACCAAGCACUGCUGGCAGAACUACGUCGACUACCACAAGUGCAUCAACGCCAAGGGCGAGGACUUCGCCCCCUGCCGCCAGUUCUGGCUCGGCUACCGCUCCCUCUGCCCCUCCGGCUGGUACCAGCGCUGGGAUGAGCAGCGCGAGGCCGGCAACUUCCCCGUCAACCUGAACGCAUAA